CCAUCACCUACCAUCGACCCUUCAAUUCCGAAUAUACUACAAUGGGACGACAUCGGCCUGACAUUGAUUCAUGACUUCAUCACCGAGGCCGAAGAGCAGGCCAUGAUUGAAGCGUUCCAUGCCCAGGACCCACUCAAGGAGGGAAAGCGACGCAUCAGUCAGCAUUUUGGCUACCAUUUCGACUACACCACCUUUGGUGCCUCCGAGACACACUUCACGCCGGUUCCCUCGUACAUCACCGACUUUUUCCCCCGCCUGCCCAUCCAGACCUACCUGCCCGACCAGUUCACCGUCCAGUACUACCCGCCGGGCAGCGGCAUUCCACCCCAUGUCGAUACCCAUUCCAUGUUCGCCGAGGCCCUGUACAGCCUGUCCUUUGGGAGUGCCGUGCCCAUGCAGUUCAGAAUGUCUGGGCCAAACGACGCCAGGAAGAUGCGCCUGCCCAAGCGGUCGCUCCAAAAUGGAACCGCCGAGUCGGCAUCUUCGUCCUCUGUCCCGGAAGAGCAGAGUUUGAAUCAGAAACCAGACGAAGAACAGCCCCCAACUUGGGAGCUCGUGCUGCCGCCACGCUCCCUGCUGCUCAUGACAGGGCCCUCGCGCUACGGCUACACGCAUGCCAUCAGGCCCAGAAAGACGGACAUCGUUGACGGGAAGACGGUGCCGAGGCAGGGGCGCUAUUCCAUUACCAUGCGGACUACCAGACGAGGGGACGGGAUCGGGUGUAACUGUGCGUAUCCGGGGGUGUGUGACGCCAGGAUACGGGAGGAG